CCAGAAGCGAAUGCUUUUCUGCCCCGAAGUCCGAGUUCAUCAACAGUCUCAACGCUGAAGGCAAGAGAGUGAAAAAUGCUGCGCACUGUUUUAUCCCGAACUUUUCCACAAGUUUUCCGCAUCUCAGCAUGUCAGCAUUCAACGAUUCCUGCACCGAACGUUCAUCCAGACGUUCACUAUAACAAGAUUUUCAUCAACAAUGAGUGGCACGAUGCAGUAAGCAAGAAAACCUUUCCAACCAUCAAUCCUGCUACCGGUGAGAUCAUCUGCCACGUCGCAGAGGGCGAUAAGGCGGAUGUGGAUAAAGCUGUCAAGGCUGCCAGAGAUGCCUUCAAGCUUGGUUCUCCUUGGCGGCGUAUGGAUGCGUCCCACCGCGGGCUGCUCUUGAGCCGUUUAGCAGACUGCAUAGAGAGAGAUGCUGCCUAUUUAGCUGAACUAGAGACUCUUGACAAUGGAAAGCCAUAUGCGGUCUCCUACACUGCAGACAUGCCCACGGUGAUCAAGUGCUUGAGGUAUUUUGCUGGCUGGGCUGACAAAUGGGAGGGGAAGACCAUUCCCAUUGAUGGUGAUUACUUCUGCUACACCAGGCAUGAGCCCAUUGGAGUGUGUGGCCAAAUUAUCCCUUGGAACUUCCCACUGGUGAUGCAGGCUUGGAAACUCGGUCCUGCACUGGCCACAGGAAACACGGUGGUGAUGAAGGUGGCGGAGCAGACGCCCCUCACUGCCCUCUAUGUUGCCAGCCUGAUCAAAGAGGUGGGUUUCCCGCCUGGUGUUGUCAACAUCGUCCCAGGAUUGGGUCCCACGGCAGGGGCAGCCAUUGCGUCUCACAUGGACGUGGACAAAGUAGCAUUCACUGGCUCCACUGACGUCGGUCACCUCAUCCUGAAAGCCUCAAGUACCAGUAAUCUGAAGAAGGUCACACUGGAGCUGGGAGGAAAGAGUCCAAACAUAAUUCUGUCAGAUGCUAAUAUGGAGGAGGCGGUGGAGCAGUCCCAUCUCGCGCUGUUCUUCAACCAAGGCCAGUGCUGUUGCGCAGGCACGCGCACAUUUGUACAGGAGAACAUCUACGACGAGUUUGUUGAGCGGAGCGUAGAGAGAGCUAAGAAGAGGACUGUGGGAGAUCCCUUUGAUUUGAAAACAGAGCAGGGCCCCCAGGUGGAUGAGAAGCAGUUCCAGAAGGUUCUUGGCUACAUCAGCAGCGGGAAGCGCGAGGGCGCUAAGCUCAUGUGCGGCGGCGGACCGGCAGCUGACCGCGGUUACUUCAUCCAGCCUACCGUUUUUGGGGAUGUUAAAGAUGACAUGACAAUUGCUCGGGAGGAGAUUUUUGGACCUGUGAUGCAAAUUCUUAAGUUUAAAACUCUAGAGGAAGUGAUCGAGAGAGCCAACGACAGCAAAUACGGCCUUGCAGCUGCUGUUUUUACCCAAAACCUUGACAAAGCAAAUUACGUAUCCAGCAGCCUGCGCGCUGGCACUGUGUGGAUUAACUGCUAUGACGUGUUUGCAAGUCAGGCUCCAUUUGGAGGAUUCAAGGCCUCAGGAAUCGGUCGUGAGUUAGGAGAGUACGGACUGGACAACUACACAGAGGUCAAAACGGUUAUAACUAAGGUCCCUCAGAAAAAUUCGUAAAUGGAGGCAUUCAUUUAAAGAAGUCGUCACUGAAUUACAAGAGUCGUGCCAGUCAUUAUUGAACCGUACAUUACUCUGAUUGUCGUCUUUUAACACGAAUAAUGUGCUAAUGUGUACUGAAAAAUAAUAUACGUUUAGUACCAUUUCUCUUCGGAGUACAAAUGUGUAUUAAGCUGAGUGCAUUCUGUUCAAUUCAAGCAUUAUAUAGACAGCAUAAUAACCUAAUAACCACAAAUGUUUGCAUGUUUGUGUUGAUUUGUGUAAUAAAUGCUUCAGAUAUUUUUUUGAUAUAUGCAUUUUUAUUAGUUAAUUCAUUCAUUUAAUUAAACACAUAAAUAUUUGUCCUUUGAUUAUAUUUUGUUGUAAUAUCAUACAGAAGAAAAUAAAUAUCAAAUAUUA